UAAAGGAAAUGUUUAUUUAUGUGGCAAUAAUAAUUAAAAAGUAGGUUUAUAAUAUAAUAUAAGUAUUGCACAAUAAAAUUGUUUAUCAAUCUAUGUAUUCAUAAUAAUUUAAAGUUUCAAAAAAUUUAAAAUGGUCGAUAUAAUAAUAAAUAAAUAUUUAGAAACCCAAUUGGCGCUGGCAAAACAAAAACAGGAAUCAAAACAGGAAGUCGCAGAUUUAAUAUCUCUAAAAAGCAAAAAAGCGGCAGAGUUCAUUUCAAAAAAGCAAAAACACAAGAAUUUCCAAGGCAACGAAGAUGAUUGUGAGCAACUGGAGCGAAAAAUAUCAUGUCCACAGGCAAGUACAUCGGUGGCGAAACACUCCGAUGAAGACAGUGAAUACUUACCAUCCUGUGAAGAAGAUGAAGAUGUAAAUAUUCUCAGCUCAGCUCCUACUUCUCGCACUAAGCAAAAUAUAAAAAAAAUUAUAGAUGAUGGUGAUACAACUCUUUACAAUGAAAGAAUAGACAAAUGGAGAAAUAGUGUUAAAUCAUCCAUUGCAGGAAAAUAUAAUGGAGUUUGUAUUUCGGCCGAUGUACAAUAUAUUUUAGAUGGAAAUAAAGAUUAUGAAGUCACCCAUGAACUACAAAAUGGUCUCUGCGUCCCAAACUACAUUUGGAAGCAACUAUACAAAUAUCAAAGAACCGGUGUUAAAUGGCUAUGGGAGUUACAUCAGGUUCAAUCUGGAGGACUACUGGGGGAUGAGAUGGGUUUAGGUAAAACUGUUCAAAUCAUUGCUUUUAUUGCUGGAUUAUCCAAAACAGAUAGUGGGUCUUGGGGGGGACUUGGUCCUUCAAUUAUUGUGGCACCAGCUACCGUUAUAUAUCAGUGGGUGUCACAUUUUCAUUACUGGUUGCCACAUCUCAGAGUAGCUGUACUUCACCAUUCUGGUUCCCAUAUUGGAAAUCAUAAUAAACUCAUUAGAGACAUUUAUUCAUCACAUGGCAUAUUAUUAAUUACAUAUGCAGGAGUGGUCAAAUAUAUAAAAGAUUUAUUGAUGAAAAAAUGGCAUUAUAUAAUUUUAGAUGAGGGGCAUAAAAUUAGAAAUCCUGACACUCAAGUAAGUAAACUAGUUAAAAAAUUUGAUACCCCUCAUAAAUUGUUGAUUACUGGAUCACCCAUGCAAAAUAGUUUGCAAGAAUUAUGGUCUCUUUUUGAUUUUAUGAGACCAGGUCUACUGGGUACUUAUACUGCAUUUAUGGAUCACUUUGCUGUUCCUAUAACCCAAGGAGGGUAUGCUAAUGCUACGGAAUACCAAGAAGCAACAGCUUUGGAAAUUGCUAAAGCUCUAAAGGCACUCAUUACACCCUAUAUGUUAAGAAGAACCAAGGCUGAAGUACAGGAACAUAUUCUUUUACCGGAGAAGAAUGAACAAGUUCUCUUCUGUGCUCUAACAAAAGAACAAAGAGAUUUGUAUAUGGGUUAUCUUAUGACUAGUACAGUGCGAAGCAUUCUUGACAAAGACUCAAAAUAUGGAGAUCCAUUAAGAGCGAGAGUUUUAGUUGCAUUAUCAACACUCAGGAAGAUAUGCAAUCAUCCUGACCUAUAUCUUUAUGAAGCACAGGAAGAAAAUGAAGAAAUUGAUCAAGAAACAUUUGGUCUCUGGAAAAGAUCUGGUAAAAUGUCUGUUGUACACUCCUUGUUGAAAAUUUGGUUGAAACAAGGACACAGAACAUUAAUUUUUUCACAAUCUAGAGCAAUGCUUUGCCUUUUGGAGCAGCAUUUACAAAAUCAUGAUUUUAAAUAUUUAAAAAUGGAUGGCAGUGUUAGUGUAAGUCAGAGACAAAGCUUAAUCCAAACAUUUAAUGAAAAUGCUGAAUAUUUAGUUUUUCUUGCUACUACAAGAGUUGGUGGUCUCGGGGUGAAUUUAACUGGUGCUGAUAGAGUUAUUAUAUAUGAUCCAGAUUGGAAUCCGGCUACUGAUAAUCAAGCUAAAGAAAGGGCAUGGAGAAUUGGCCAACAGAGGGAUGUUACUGUGUACAGGCUGCUUUCUGCUGGAACUAUUGAAGAAAAAAUAUAUCAAAGACAGAUUUUUAAAAAUUUUCUUAGUAAUAAGAUAUUAAUAGAUCCUAAUCAAAAAAAUGUUUUAACAACAAGUACUUUGCAAGGCUUGUUUACGCUUGAGGAUCUGAAUUGUGAAGGCGACACAGAAACGGCAGCACUUUUUAAACAUACAAAAGUCAGUUUAUCUGAUAAAAUAUCUGAUAAAGGAAAAAAUAAUGUUUCCAAAAGUUUAUCAUUUACUAAACGAAAAUUAGAAGAAAUGAGGAGAAAAGCUAAAGAAAUAAGUAAAAAAAUAAAAAGAGAUUUAGCUAUCACAUCAGCAGGACAAGAAGAUCCUCGUGAAAAAUAUAAAAAAAAACGAGAGUCACUACUUAAUCCACCAAAAGUUGAAGAACCAGAAAUGAAUGUUGUUGAUGAUAGAGUAACUCACACACCGUUUGAAAAUGUUCUUUCGGAAUUAGAUAUAGUAAGCAAACAUACAAAAAAGGAUUACGAAGAAAAUUUACUUAAAGACGUUUUAAAUACUCAAGAUAAAGAUGAAGGAAAAGAACUUAAAGAAGUUUUAAAUAAAAAAGAUGAAGAAAUUGAACUUCGAAAUAAAGCUGAAAAUGAAGUAAUAAAGUCAACAAGUGAAUCUCAAUACAUUGAAGAAACAAUUAUAAAUGCAAGAAAUGAAAAAAAUUUAGAGAGUCUUGAAGAUAACAAUGACAAAAUAAUCAAAAGUAAAUCUAGGAAAAGAAGUUACUCAUCAUCAGAUUGUGAAAUCGAGAAUUUGGUAAAAGUAAAACGGGUUAAGACCAAAAAACAAAAAAAAGAGAGGGGUAAAAAAUAUAGUGAUGAUGAUUAUGUUUUAAAUAAACUCUUUGCUAAAGCAACUGUUAAAAAUGCUUUACAUCAUGAUGUAGUUGUGGGAUUAGCCGAAAAAGAAAAACGACACAAAAUUCAAGUAGAAGCAAUCAAAACUGCAAAAAAGGCAGUAAGAGCUAUAAAAUUUUCUACAAAAUAAAUAUUGGCUUAGUAGUAUUA